UCUUUUCUUUUUUAAAGAAGUGCUUAACCUGAAGGUACCAGGACUAAAAAAAUUUACUUCAAAGAUGGAAAGUGGAUGUUUCAAGAAUCUUGCAUUUGAAGUGGAUGAACAAGAUGAGGUUCAGCCUGGUGUGAAGCACAGGAAGAUUUCUGGAAGCAGCUGUGUGUCAAAGGAAGACAAAAAUAAACCAACCUAUUGUGUGGCUGAUGUUCCUCCCUGGUACCUUUGUAUCUUCUUGGCCCUACAGCACUACCUGACGGCGUUCGGAAGCAUCUUCGCUAUCCCGCUCAUCCUUUCGGAGGGUUUGUGUCUGCAGCACGACAGCCUGACUCAGAGUCAACUCAUCAACACCAUUUUCUUUGUCUCUGGCCUGUGCACUCUGCUGCAGGUCAUGUUCGGUGUCAGGCUCCCCAUCCUGCAGGGUGGAACUUUUGUCUUGGUUUCUCCUGCCAUGGCCAUGCUGUCCAUGCCGGAGUGGAAGUGUCCGGCUUGGACCCAGAAUGCAACUCUGGUCAAUGUCUCCUCACACAUCUUCAUCGAGGUGUGGCAGACCCGUCUGAGAACACUGCAGGGCUGCAUCAUGGUGGCUUCUCUCCUGCAGAUACUGGUCGGCUUCUCUGGACUCAUCGGCUUCCUCAUGCGCUUCAUCGGUCCUUUGACGAUUGCACCCACGGUCUCACUCAUUGGCCUGUCGCUGUACGACUCAGCAGGACAAAAGUGCGGCAGCCACUGGGGCAUCUCUGCCAUGACCUCAGUGCUGGUCAUCCUGUUCUCACAGUAUGUCUGCCGCGUGCCAAUUCCCAUUCCCAUGUACAGCAAAGCCAAGAAACUGCACAUCACCAAGUUCUAUGUCUUUCAGAUAAUGCCUAUCUUGCUGGGCAUUGCGGUAUCAUGGUUAGUCUGCUACCUCCUCACCAUCUACAAUGUCCUGCCGUCUGAUCCAGACCAGUAUGGCUACGAGGCUCGCACCGAUGUGAAGGGAAACGCACUGGAUCAGGCUUCAUGGUUCAGGCUUCCUUAUCCUGGUCAGUGGGGCGUGCCAUCGGUGAGCCUGGCAGGUGUGAUUGGAAUGAUGGUUGGAAUCAUUUGUUCCAUGGCAGAGUCUGUGGGAGACUACCAUGCCUGUGCCAAGCUCUCCGGCGCCCCACCUCCACCAAAGCACGCCAUCAACCGGGGCAUCGGCAUCGAAGGAGUUGGCAGUUUGUUGGCCGGCGUCUUUGGCACAGGCAACGGAACGACCUCAUUUAGCGAGAACGUGGCGGCACUGGGUAUCACAAAGGUGGGUAGUCGAGUGGUGAUUGCCCUGAGCGGAGUUAUCAUGGUUCUGAUGGGGAUGCUGGGAAAAAUUGGAGCCAUCUUCACCACAAUCCCCACUCCCGUGGUUGGAGGGAUGUUUCUGAUCAUGUUUGGAGUCAUUGCAGCUGCUGGAAUUUCAAAUCUGCAGUCCACAGAUAUGAAUUCCUCAAGGAACAUCUUUAUUUUCGGUUUCUCCAUAUUUUCUGCUCUGGUCAUUCCAAACUGGCUUGGCAAGAAUCCAGGUUUUAUUGCAACAGGUGCUGAAGAGGCAGAUCAGGUGUUGCAGAUUUUGCUGAACACUCCGAUGUUUAUUGGAGGGUUCCUCGGCUUCUGCCUCGACAACACGAUUCCAGGUACCAAAGAGGAGCGUGGCCUCUUAUCCUAUAACAAAAUCCACUUCCAAGACUCCACAGACUCCUCGGCUACAGAGGACAUCUACGACCUGCCUUUCGGCAUUGCUUCUUUUCUCGCCUCCCGCUCUUGGAGUUUUCCAGUUCCAUUCUGCCCAUGGAAGGGACGUGGCUCUAAGCACACACACGAAGACAACGGCCUGUCCCACGUUCAGGGAACACAGCACGUGCCCCCCGAAAUCAUCGGGGUCGCCCAGGAAGCUGCUCUCUGAGGAGAAAUGAAUGAACAAAACCCCACCUGCCUCUCAGGUCAUAUGACUGUUUACGAUAUUACUGGACACUCAGGGAUGAUGUGUGCUUUGCACCUUUUGACACC